ACAGCGGCACCCCCCCAAAAUACCGGGACCCCCUGCCCACACACACACACACAUACACACACACACACCGGCAGCGACACCCCCACAGCCGCCCCCGCACCGGGGUCCCCCUCCGGUAGGGACCCCCCGAACCGGGAUCUCCUCAUCGCCCGGUAACCGGGACCCCCCGGCAGCUACUCUGUCCCGCCAGCCGGGACCCCCGCUCCUCCAUCCCGCGGUAACCGGGGUCCCCGAUAGCUGAGCGGUCCCCCAGCAGGGUCCGCACCCCCGGACCCGGCCCCCCCUUCCUGUAGUCCCCGUUAACCCCUUCUCCCCCACUCCGUUUGCGCCCCCCCGUCCCCGUCUGUCGCCCCCGGUUCUGCCCCGCCGGGGCCCGACUGGCAGCUGCCUACGGCCGGGAUGAGCCGCCGCGAUGGAUGAGUUCCACCCCUUCAUCGAGGCGCUGCUGCCCCACGUCCGGGCCUUCUCCUACACCUGGUUCAACCUCCAGGCCCGCAAGCGCAAGUACUUCAAGAAGCACGAGAAGCGGAUGUCCAAGGAGGAGGAGCGCGCCGUCAAGGACGAGCUGCUGGGCGAGAAGCCGGAGGUCAAGCAGAAAUGGGCCUCGCGCCUCCUGGCCAAGCUGCGCAAGGACAUCCGGCCCGAGUGCCGCGAGGACUUCGUGCUGUCCGUCACCGGCAAGAAGGCGCCGUGCUGCGUGCUCUCCAACCCCGACCAGAAGGGAAAGAUCCGCCGCAUCGACUGCCUGCGCCAGGCCGACAAGGUGUGGCGCCUGGACCUGGUGAUGGUCAUCCUCUUCAAGGGCGUCCCGCUGGAGAGCACCGACGGCGAGCGCCUGGCCAAGGCGCCCCAGUGCGCCAGCCCCGGCCUCUGCGUGCAGCCCCACCACAUCGGCGUCACCAUCAAGGAGCUUGACCUGUACCUGGCUUAUUUCGUCCACACGCCAGAUUCCGGACAAUCGGACAGCUCGAACCCCCAGGGGGACGCGGACAUCAAACCACUGCCCAACGGGCACCUGACCUUCCAGGACUGCUUCGUGACGUCGGGGGUCUGGAACGUGACGGAGCUGGUGAGAGUGUCCCAGACCCCCGUGGCCACGGCGUCGGGCCCCAACUUCUCGCUGGCCGACCUGGAGAGCCCGGGGGGCUACUACAACAUCAGCCCCGUCGCCCUCGGCCGCCGGCCCCUGGGGCCCCCCACCGCCAGCGGCCCGAAGCGCCCCAAGGCGCUGGACGAGGGGGACCUGGAGGGUCCCGGGGACGACGUCUUCUACCCCGGGCCGGGGCGGUCCCCAGCCCCCGGCAGCAGCCAGGGGCCCUGGGGGGGAGACGUUGACACCGGCCCGGCGGCGCUGAAGAAGUCGGGGAAGUUGGAUUUCUGCAGCGCCCUGUCGGGGCACGGGGCCGCGCCCCGCAUGGCCUUCGGCCACCACCCCCUGCCCGUCCUGGCCGGCGUCCGCCCCGGCAGCCCGCGGGCCACGGCCUCGGCGCUGCACUUCCCGUCGGGGUCCCUCCUGCCCCAGUCGAGCCCCUACUUCGCCCACCCCACCAUCCGCUACCACCACGGGCAGGACUCGCUCAAGGACUUCGUGCAGUUCGUCUGCGCCGACGGCGCCGCCCAGGGCCCCCAGCAUUCGCAGCGUCAGGCGCCGCCGCUGCCCCCCGCCUUGUCGGCCUCGGACCCCGCGACGGCAACUUUCUGACCCUCCCCCAGCAGCAGUCCUGGUUCCUCUGACGCUGCCCCCCCCGGACGAGGAGAAAACCGCCCGGAAAAAGGAGAAAAUCCCGAAAAACAAAACAAAAAAACACAACAAAAACCCCACAAAAAUACCACGGAGGAAAGG